AUGUGCGGCCGUGAUCCUUCACCGUGCACCGUCAAACAUACUUUCCACCCCUCCCCUCCCCUCCGACCCCACCCCCGCCACUCUUCGCAGGAAGCCAAACAAAACACGAAGCGACGCAACACAACAAAGGCAGCUCUGCCGAAGCCGGAAAGCAGAGAAACAAAAACAAAAACAAAGAUGGGUGGUGAGUCUAGCAAGCAUUCCAACGCCUCGGCUCACGUCCGCAGCCGGGAAAGGAAGCGGGGAGCUGUCUCCAGUGCCCUGGCGGGUGACAGCUGCCGCACUGACUCUUGCCACGAGCGCACAGCCCAUUUGAGGCCCUCUUAUGGAGAUAUCCUGGAUUCCAUUCCGCCGUCGCCGGUCCAGUGCGUUGCGUCGCCAAUCCCGCUGAGCGGCUCACUGGAUCCGUCGCUGACGUGGAUACUCGACACGGAGGCGGCACUCAUUACAGAGUGGAACCGUGAUCUGCAGGAGGUUGCUGCUCCAAGUACCGGGGCACGCGGGGUGCCACGAGGGCGUGAGGCAGCAGCAGAAGAAUCAACGCUGUCAUGGACGAAGACAUCGUUAAAGAGCGGUCCGAGCACCGCUGCCUCCAACACGCCGGGAUUGACCUCCUCGUCCACAUUCCCGGCGCUGUCAGGAUGGCCGUCGCCGACACAUGCAAAGUCUCCCUCUGGUCUCGCAUUGACAUGUGACUCGGUGGACGUGAGGACAGGGCGCAGCACAGGGUUGACCUUGCGCGUCACGACGACGUGGACGCAACAGAGUUCAUCACGCGCCAAAGCUUCAACAAAGGAGUCGACCAGCCCGAAGAGUCCCAAGGCACUGCCGAAGCCUCUAAGCGACUCGGUAGAGGGAGCGUCGCCGCUGGUCGUGUCGUCGCUGCCGGUUGGCAUCGACUACUUCCGUGCCUUGCAAUCGCGGUGGCUGGUCCAGGAGCAGCGCUCGCUGCCACCGGCGACGGACGAGGAGGACCUCAACGACUCGGUCAUCCUCGAGGCCGUUUCCGAGUCCAAUGGCGACGUUCUGAGCCCGCCUGUACCGCUGGGGUACAUGAUCGAUCUCUUCGUGCCGCAAUGGCGGUCUGAGGGGCUCUUCGAAGCGGCUCAGGACCACCAGAUGCGCUAG